GAGAGGAUCUAUCGACUUUAGAGUUUCAUUGGAACCACCUGAUUUAGGCAUUUUGUUGCAAACAGGAAACGGAAACUCUAUAUCGGGAACAUAAAAUUAAGCCUCUUCUCAAGUUAUAAGAAGCUGCAUAAACGUCUUUCUGUUUCACUUUCUGCUUUUAUAUAUUAUAAAUCAGAACGACGACAGAAUCAGACAAAUUUAAAAAGGAAAAAAAAUGCUCAUGUUUGAUUCACACAUCAAUCUAUGUAUUCUUUCUCUCGUUGUUCUAGCUCUCCCCCUCGUCUUUCUCUACAGAAGAAAGCAACCCAAGCUUAAUCUUCCCCCAGGCCAAACGGGAUGGCCUCUUGUUGGAGAAACGAUUGGGUUUUUGAAGCCAUACCCUGCCACGACAAUAGGAAAGUUCAUGGAACAGCAUAUAGCAAGGUAUGGUAAAGUCUUCAAGUCGACAUUGUUUGGGGAGCCAGCGAUUGUUUCCGCUGAUCCAGAGCUCAACAAGUUCAUAUUCAAUAACGAAGGUAAGUUGUUCGAAUGCAGCUACCCAAAAAGCAUUGGUGGAAUACUGGGAAAAUGGUCUAUGCUGGUCGUAGUGGGUGACAUGCACAGAGACAUGAGAGCUAUAGCGCUCAACUUUAUGAGCAGUGCCAUGCUCAGAACAAGCAUGUUGAAAGACGUGGAGACGCAUGCCCUGCUUGUUCUGAACUCGUGGAAGCAGAAUUUUAAGUUUUCUGCUCAGGAAGAGGCUAAGAAGUUCACCUUCAAUUUGAUGGUGAAGAAUAUCUUGAGCCUGGAGCCUGAUAAUCCUGAGGCAGAGGCGUUGAAGAAAGCGUACGCCACUUUCAUGAAAGGGGUAGUUUCGGCACCUUUGAACUUUCCGGGAACGUCGUACCGGAAGGCGUUACAGUCUAGGUUCACCAUACUGAAGUUCAUUGAGAAGAAAAUGGAAGAAAGAAACCAAAACAUGAAAGAGGGUAGUGAAGGCUUGGACAAUGACCUUCUAAACUGGGUUUUAAGGAAUUCAAAUCUUACAGCAGAACAAAUUCUUGACCUGAUUCUGAGCUUGCUUUUUGCUGGACAUGAAACUUCAUCCGUAGCCAUAUCUCUUGCUCUUCACUUUUUACCAGGUUGUCCUCGAGCUGUCCAACAGUUAAGGGAAGAACACGGAGAAAUUGCCAGAGCCAAAAGGGAAGCAGGUGAAGUGGAAUUGACUUGGGACGACUACAGGCGGAUGGAGUUUACUCACUGGGUCGUCAAUGAAACACUUCGGCUUGGAAAUGUUGUCAGGUUUCUUCACAGGAAGGCUAUCAAGGAUAUCCGGUACAAAGGUUAUGACAUUCCACGUGGGUGGAAAGUCCUUCCGGUACUUGCAGCCGUGCAUCUGGAUCCUUCACAUUUUGACCACCCUCAACUCUUCGAUCCAUGGAGAUGGCAGAACAAUGGGAGCCGUGGGGGCAGCGCAGGCGCUAGUAAUAAUGUCAACUUCAUGCCGUUCGGGGGAGGUGGGAGAUACUGCGCGGGAUCAGAGUUAGCGAAACUAGAAAUAGCGAUUUUCAUCCACCAUCUCAUUCUCAACUAUCAAUGGGACUUGGCUGAAGAGGAUCAAGCUUUUGUAUACCCUUUCGUUGAUUUUCCCAAAGGCUUGCCCAUCAGAGUCCAGCGUAACGUCUAUCUUUGAAUUCGUAGCGCGCGUUUGCCCAAAUAUAUUUCCGUGUCUUUGUGAACUGUGGCCUAGCUCACAAGCCAGUGAAAGGGAGGACAAAGUGAUGAAAAUACAGGAGUUACAAAACAUGUGCAUUAGAUCGGAACCGCUUCAUUAUAUAUGCAUCCCUCCCAUGCACAAGCCAGGACCUGCAUGCCGACGUGUUUCAUAAAUUCCACACAGUUGUAAUUAAACUUUAAAUCUGUAUAUGCGCCUUUGGUAUGAUAUCUUAAUUAGUUUACCUUUUUGUGC